ACCCGUUUAGACGGCCCACGUCCAAUCCACAUUCUGAUACGGGGUGCAAGUGCAACACCAAACUCCAAACCGCUUUAUACUUUACUACUGUGCUUUUCCUCUUCUUUUUCAGUGUAUCUUCUCCAACUCUGAGGUAACCAAGAUUAUAGGGGGAGGUGGAUUUUAUUUAUUGAUAGAAAUGGAAAAUCUUGCCCUUGUCUCAUCCACGAAAAUUGUAGUGGGUUUCUCCCCAAACCCCAGAAACUCUAUCGUUUCCGGCAAUUCCUUUGUGGGUCUGCCAUAUUUGCUUAAGAAAACCGGCAAAAAUGGCAGAAAUUUCAAGUCUAGUUCUUCAGUUUCAGUUCUCUCCUUAUUUCAGGCGCCUAUGGUCACCAAGACUAUUGUGCCAGAAAGAGUUGCGAGAGACUGUUUUGCUAGCAUUGCUUCUUCAAGCAGCCAAGAGACUUCCUCAGUUGGUGCAAAUCCCCAGCUUCCAGUGACACCUCCCCCGUCCCAAGUGGGGUCACCUCUCUUCUGGAUUGGUGUUGGUGUUGGUCUUGCUGCACUUUUCUCCUGGGUGGCUGGUCGAGUGAAGAAAUAUGCAAUGGAACAAGCUUUAAAGACAUUCACGCAACAGAUGAAUGCUCAGAAUAAUCCAUUUGGCAAUGCUGCCUUUUCACCUGGCUCCCCCUUUCCAUUUCCACCAGUUGCAGCUCCUACGUCAGAUACAUCUAGAAUUUCAACUCCUGUCACUGCUCAAGCUGCAACUGUCGAUGUCCCUGCAACAAAGGGGGAAGACCCUCCAUCUAUACCUGUCAAAGAAAACGUAGAACCUGAGAAGGAACCAAAGAAAUAUGCUUUUGUUGAUGUUUCCCCAGAAGAAACAUUCCAGAAAACUGCCUUUGAGAGCUAUAAAGAAGAGAUCCAGAUGGAUUCACCAAAUGAUCCCCAGUCUUCUCAACCAGUUUCUCAAAAUGGCACGGCAAGCAAGCCAGGGAUUGGUGCUUCAGAACGUACCUCCACCAGUACAGCAAACCCUCUAUUGUCGGUGGAAGCUUUGGAGAAAAUGAUGGAAGAUCCAACAGUACAAAAGAUGGUUUAUCCUUACUUACCAGAGGAGAUGAGGAAUCCUGCCACCUUUAAAUGGAUGCUACAAAAUCCACAGUAUCGUCAACAACUCCAGGACAUGCUAAAUAACAUGGGAGGAAGCCCCGAAUGGGACAGUCGUAUGAUGGAUUCCUUGAAAAAUUUUGACCUUAGCAGUCCCGAGGUCAAGCAGCAGUUUGAUCAGAUAGGCCUUACUCCCGAGGAAGUCAUUUCUAAAAUCAUGGCCAAUCCUGACAUUGCGAUGGCAUUUCAAAAUCCAAGAGUUCAAGCUGCUAUCAUGGAAUGUUCUCAGAAUCCAUUGAGUAUUGCCAAAUAUCAAAAUGACAAAGAGGUUAUGGAUGUUUUCAAUAAGAUAUCAGAACUCUUCCCAGGGGCAACAGGUUCUUAGUUCUACUUAUCCUACCACUGCCAGUAACUAAGCUGUGUAUAGUACACUGGAGAAACUAGAUGAUGAAUCUCAUACCACACCUGUAAGCAUGUUUCUGCACUUUCCUGAUGUCCAAUGUAUGAAGACGAGACGGGCGUCGCUGCCCUGCUUUAUCAACGUGUCGCCAAAUCCAGUAUCAGCUUUCUCAACAAUUUUAGAAAGCUCACUGUUGAUCUCACCUUCCAGCACUAGUUCUUCCAGAUUCUACCGUAAAUUUUUUGCUAGUCCUAGUCGGUUCAUCCGUUUAUAGUUUUCCUGUGUUUCUUUCCUUUUCUGCUUUUGGAUGUACGCAUACUUAUGUUGAAACUUGAGUCCAACUAUAGAAGACCUAAGUCCGAAACGAGCUUUAAUUAAAUCAACCAAUGAAGAGUGAAACUGAAGCCGUCUGACAUUUCUCAUGUAUUUUAACCAAGUACGUUAUUGAUUUGAACUAUGUUUCAAGUUUUGCAGUUACGACA